GUAGCCAGUAAAUUAUCCUUGUGGGAUUACUUGAUCAUUCAUGCCUGAAUUGUUCCGGCAAUCUGGUUUUGGGUUAAGAAGUGACUAGAUCUGUCAUCUGUGAAACCUUUGACUAUAGGAGAAGCCUUCCUAAAAAGGUCAGCCGAAAGGACUAAUGCGCUGUGGGAAGAAUGUGGAGCCAUUUUGAAGGCGGUGCAGAUACAGACAACGCGCUUCUACGGACGGUAAUUUUAAGGGUGGAGAAGUCUUCUGAGAUGAUUCCGGUGCUGGUCUCCUCCAUGAUGGCGGACUCAGCUUGCUGGAGUAUCCAGUCAAUUGCUUGGCCCUCGGACUUGUGGCAAGUUUCCCCAGAAAGCUGGAAAGUAGUAGUGGCGCAAGCCGCGAGCAUUCGGAUGUGCCGUCCUCAGCCAUCUAUUUUUAUGUGGCGGUCCUUGGUGGAUCUUUUGGGCGGCGGUGCUGAUGUACUUGGAUCAGUUGGGAUUUGUUCGAGGGGUCAAGUUUGGAGUCAGGAAAAGGCUAAGGACUCCAAGUGCUAAGGUGUUUGAAGCUGUUGCAUCAUACAUCGAUGUAAAAGAAUACAGCAGAAAAAGCCGAACACAUGUUAACAAGUUGGAAACGAGUGAAAAUAUAACUUUGUGUAAAAAGGUGUCAAAGAGUGCAGUUGCUAAGAGCGAACAACCAAACCUUACCAGGCGAAAUCAGAUAAAUGAACAGAACCCGGAAAGUGGAACAAAUAUAAAUCCCAAAGGAGCUUCAGUGACAACUACAAGAUUGAUAAAUAGAAUCUGGGGAGAGUAUUACUCAAAUUUUGUAUCCAGGGAGUCAAAGAGGGAUAACGGUCCUGCCACAAGAAAAAGGAAGGCUUGUAGAGAUAAAACUGAGGGUGAAAAGGACGUUAAAAUAUCAAAACAGAAAAAAUAUGGUUCAGAUGAUAUGUGGAUGCCUUAUUGCCCAUUUCGUAAAAAACGGUCAGGUUGUAGAAGAAAGACAAGAUGGGAUGGAGAAGCAAUUGGGGUGACUUCUAACGGAAGUGCUCUUUAUGAAGGAGUUUUUAUUAGUGGGAGUUUAGUUUCAAUAGGUUCCGUCGUUCUAGUGGAAAAAACUCAUUUAAACCGAGACUCCAGCAUUUGUUUCGUGGAAUACAUGUUUGAAGCAUCUAAUGAGAGGAAGAUUGUCCAUGGAAGAGUGAUGGUUGGAGGAUUUGAAACAGUUCUAGGAAACAAUGCUAAUAAGAGAGAACUGUGCCUGACAAAUGACUGUAUUGACUUUGAACCUUCUGAAGUGAUAGAGUCUUUAGUUGUGAAAAUGAAACAGACGCCAUGGGGAUAUCAACACCGCAAGGAUAAUGAAGAUAAUGAUAUAGAUGAGAGAGAAAGAGCAGAGGAGAGAAGAAUGAAAGGAUUGGCCACUGAAUAUUUCUGCAGGACUUUGUAUUGUCCUGAAAAAGGCGCUUUUUUUAGCUUGAAAACUGGUUUGAUGGGACUGGGUAGUGGGUAUUGCCACUCUUGUAAUGCAAGGGUAUCGCAUGAAAAGAACGACUUCACGGUAUGUACAUCUAUGAAAAGCUUCACAUAUCAGGGAGUUCAGUACAAUGUUCUAGACUUUCUCUAUUUGAGUCCUCAGUAUCUUAUGGAGAAUCAGGAGGGCAAGAAAACCGUCCUCAACGGCCAACACCAGAAACCCAAAGCAUAUGUAGUAUGCCAACUAUUGGGACUGGAGGUCUCUUGCUCACUCAAACAAUCUAGCCCUGAAUCAGUAAAAAUCAAGGUUCAAAGGUUUUUCAGACCUGAGGACAUAUCUGCACAGAAUGCAUAUGUCUCUGACAUCCAAGAGAUAUACUACAGCAAAAAGAUUGAAUCAGUACCAGUCAUGGCAGUGGAAGGAAGAUGUGAAGUCAGGAAAAAGGAAGAUUUUGAAUUUAUGGAUUCCCCUUAUAUAUAUGAGCAUACCUUCUUUUGUCAGUUUAUAUAUGACGUUGAAAAUCAAUCCCUAGAACUGUUACCAUCCCAUUUCAAGUUAAGCUCUUCAAAAGGGAGUUUAGGUCAAAAAGCUGCUGGCAGAAAGACAAAAAAGAAACAAAUGAUCACGAAAGGGGGUUCAGCCAAAACUACUAAUGGUGGUAAGGAAAAGGCUGCAAUAAAUGCUUUAACUACUCUGGACAUAUUUGCAGGUUGCGGUGGGCUAUCGGAAGGUCUAGAAAAGUCAGGUGUGUCGGUCACAAAAUGGGCAAUAGAGUCUGAAGAAACAGCAGCUGAAUCUUUUAAGCUCAAUCAUCCGGAUGCCAUUACAAUUGUUAACGAUUGCAACAUGGUUCUUAGGGAUAUCAUGAUGGCAAAUGGGGAUGCGAAUGACUGUAUUCCAACAUCUGAGGUACACUCCUUGGCAUCAAAACACGAUAAUAAGGAAAUCAAACAUAUGCCACGGCCAGGAGAAGUAGAUUUGAUCAUUGGUGGACCUCCUUGUCAGGGGUUUUCUUUGUUGAACAGGCACAAUAAGAGUUCAACAAGUGAUGUUCGACGCACAAUGAUCUUGUCGCUUUUAUCCUUUGUGGAUUACUUUAGGCCUAGGUUUUUGCUCAUUGAAAACGUGAGGAAUCUAGUGUGUUUCGACAAAAUGAAGCCGUUUCAGCUAACUAUAGCUUCACUUCUUGAAAUGGGUUAUCAGGUAAGGUUUGGAGUCCUGGAAGCGGGAUUCUAUGGCGUGGCACAGUCGCGGAGACGUGUUUUUAUAUGGGCUGCCUCGCCUGAGGAGACCCUUCCUGAAUGGCCAGAGCCAAUGCAUGUUUUCCCAGGUCCAGACCUGAGGAUCAAGUUAGAUUUAAAUGGAGAUUCCUAUUAUACUGCUGUCUGUAGCACAAAAGCCGGCGCCCCUUUUCGUUGCCUCACUGUUAGGGACACUAUUGGAGAUCUGCCAGCUUUGGCAAAUGGGGAUUCUGCGACAACUAUGGAGGUACGUACAUACAGUUCCUUUUCUCUUAAGACUGUUUAAUGUACCGUAAUGCAAUCAAUUCCUAGUGGUCUAUUGUGAAUUAACUUCAUUAUGGUUUACCAAACAAUUCCCUAGUGUAAAUAUUCCCACAAUCCUAAAAGAGGAGUCAUCUAAUUUUUCAUAUAAUUUUCCAAUAAUUGCCAAGAAAAGUGUAGCAUGUUUAGGAGCAAGUUACACAUGAUAUAAAUAGUUAAACCAGCACGUAAAUCUUAUAAAUGUUAAAACCAUUGCAUGACUUUUAAUAGUUGUACUUACCUUGACCCGGAGAGCAGAGGAGGACUGUUUUCUGGGCCGGGGGAAUAAUAGUUACUUGAUCCCUGGUCAUCAUAUCUGUGUUUCUUAAGUUCCUGCACUGACCAUUUUGUUCAGUACAAAGGUAAUCCUGUUUCGUGGUUCCAAAAAAGGGUUAGAAGAAAUAUGACAGUGCUGACAGAUCACGUUUCCAGGAAAUUGAGCGAACUAAAUCUGAUUCACUGCUAUUACCUCCCUACUGGUGCUGAUUGGAGAGACCUUCCCAAAAAGAAGGUUGAGCUGUCAAGCGGGAAGUUUGUUGAUUUAAAACCCCAGUGGUUGCUUAAGAUGCAAAGUAAAGGUAGUCAUUCUAAAGGUGUACUGGGAAGGUUAGAAUGGGAAAAAAACUUCCCUACUGCUAUUACCUGUCCGCAACCAAGAGGCAAGGUUGGGAGAUGGUUUCAUCCCGCGCAGGAUAGGCUGAUUUCUGUCCGCGAAUAUGCUCGAGCUCAGGGAUUUCCAGACUCGUAUAAGUUUGCCGGAACCAUUAGGAACAAAUACCAACAGGUGGGCAAUGCUGUGCCGCCACCUCUGGCAUUUGCACUAGGGAGGAUGCUCAGAGAGGCAAUCGGAGCAAAUCCUUGAAUGUAUUAGCACAAACCAUUACUUGUAAUUUUUUAUCUUUUGAUGUUAAGGUACUAAUUAAAUGUCUUAUGGCUGAUAAAACACUAACUUAUAUACUAUUGUUGACAGUGGAAAUUUUGUAAUAGGUUUUUUUAUGUUUUAGAAAGUGUAUUACACCUGCUUAGCUAUUUAUAAAACAUAUUUUAGAAGAAAAGAGAAAACAUAUGGAAAUA